UUAUUUUCUGAUAACAAUGAUAACAUAUUAACAUAUAGAACUAAGCAAAACGUGUAAUUUUACUGUAUUACGUGCAAGUUUGCAAAUUAUCUACGUUUAAUUAUUUGCUCUACAAGGAUAAGUGUAAUACGAAAUGGCAUCCAGUUCUUCCAAUAACGAUGGUUUAGUUAAGAAAUUGUGCCCCUACAUGGAAAAAUGUUAUCGAAAAAAUCCAAUUCAUUUCAAAGAAAUGUCACAUCCUCAUUUGGAAAAAAUUGUAGUAAAUUAUUUAGAAACAAAGAUACCAGAUGAUCUUGAUUUUGAAUGCUCCGACCGAUCGCUUUUAAAGGAUCAGUUAAAUGUUUUGCGAAUGGUAAUGAUCAAAGAGAGAAAUAGCGGUACAAGCAGUUUGUCAACUGUGGCAAAAGUUCCAGAUUCAGAAGUUGUUGUUACAUAUUGUAGCAUUUUGAGUAAAGAUAAUGUUGUCACACAGAAUUUAAAAGAUAAAGUAGAAAGACAUAAGCAAAUAAUGACUGAAAGAAGGGAGAAUAAGUUGAAGGGAAUGGAUGAACAAGCAGAAGCGCUUUCUAGAUGUUCUACCAGUAACGUUAAAAAUAACAUAGACAACAGUAAAGUUUAUACGAUGAGGCAGGAACUCGAUAGUCUCAAAAUAACAGAGGGAGGAAUGGGAGGGGAUAAUUCUCUACAAGGAACAAAAAGAAAUAAUAGUUUUAAUACUGAUGAAAGCGAAAGAAAAAGAUCAAAGUCGAGUAAUAGCGAAUAUCGUGACAAUGUUAAAGAAUCUACACAAAGUACAGAUAUAAAUUCAAGUAGUGGCCAGAGUUCUAGUUCAUCCAAGCAAUCUUUGAUUGAAAUUUUCCAAUCGUGUAAGUCUGCAAAGGCUAAAGAUGAAAUCAGACAUAAAGUUAUUAAUAUGAUGAAACAACAAGGGCUUCGUGUAUCUGUGGUUGAACCAGGAUACUUUGACAUAAAAUAUGCUCUUUCAGCACCGUAUCACAUAUUUUUUACAAGAAUUCAAAAGUCAAAAGCAACAUACGAUCAACAGUAUUCCAUAACGUUUCCUGAAAUUUUAGACAGAAGUUUGGGAGAAAUUGUAUCUAGUUUGCAAAUAAAUUUUAUGGUCGAUGUUGGCUGGUUGUGCCUACAGUAUUUGUUGGCUGGCCAAUCUACAGAUAUGAUGAUUUUAUUUGGAGAAAGGGUAGAUACAGACAAAGUAGGCUUAAACAUUACCAUGAUACCUGUAGAAAUGCCAACAAGGUUUGGUUGUCAUCAUACCAAAGUCAUGAUUCUAAAAUACAAAGACGAUGGCAUACGAGUCGUUGUGUCUACCGCGAAUUUAUAUAUGGAUGAUUGGGAGAAUAGAACGCAAGGACUUUGGAUAUCGCCGCACCUUCCACCGCUUCCAGAGUCGGCAAAUACCACCGAUGGAGAAUCACCUACAGGUUUCAAAAAGGAUUUAGAACGUUAUUUAUCUAAAUACAGACAACCAGUUUUAACAGAAUGGAUCUGUGCUAUCCGAAGAGCAGAUUUUUCAGCGGUAAACGUAUUCUUCCUAGCUUCGGUUCCUGGUAGUCAUAAAGAUAUGGAUUACAAUUCUUGGGGUCACAGAAAAUUAGCUACUAUCCUUUCUAAACAUGCCACGCUACCUCCAGAUGCGCCACAAUGGCCAAUCAUUGCUCAGAGUUCCAGUAUCGGUAGCUUAGGUCCAAACUAUGAGAGUUGGCUUCUGAAAGAAAUCGUACCUUCUAUGUCAAGAGAGACGACAUCGGGACUGAAGAGUCAUCCGAACUUCCAAUUCAUUUACCCUUCUAUAAACAAUUACAAACAAAGUUUCGAUUGUCAGGUUGGAUCUUGUUGUUUACCUUACAGCCUCCAAACCCAUUCUAAACAAGAAUGGGUUGAAUCUUAUUUAUAUCAGUGGAAGGCUACGCACUCGGCAAGAGAUAAAGCGAUGCCUCAUAUUAAAUCUUAUACAAGAUUGUCGCCCGACUUUAAGAGAAUCCCUUGGUUCGUUCUCACCAGUGCCAAUUUAAGCAAAGCUGCGUGGGGAACGGCUAGGAAUUCGCAUUGUAUUAUGAGUUACGAAGCCGGUGUUAUAUUUAUUCCUAAGUUUAUUAUCAAGGGAUCAACGACAUUUCCGAUUAAAGAAGAAGAAGCGGGAGUACCAGUCUUUCCCAUUCCAUACGAUAUACCUCUAACCAAAUACGAGCCUGGAGACAAGCCUUUUGUCAUGGAUAUCUUCGACGGUCGUGAUUAAGUGUCCAGUAUUUGAUAACUUACAAAGUACUGAACUUAUAUCCAAGUAUUUGUGUAUAUUUUUAAAGAUGUAAUGUACAAGAGAACUUUUAUAAUAAAUAACAUAGUAAUUCCUCUUAUAGUA